UUAAAAUUAGAAAUUAGGGUUACGGAUCAUCUUCUUCACCCCUUGCGUCGGUGCUCUGUUCAUCUCCCUUGGUAUCGUAAUCUCACGGUUGAAGCACCUUACUAAACCCUAAUUCACCCGAAGAGUCGCUACCCCUCUGUCUCUCUGUCGUUGGCUGAUUCGCUCGCCAAACCCAUCUCUGAUUCAGCUGUGAUGGAUCCAGCACAGAACAAAAGCGCAGCAGGGAUUGGUGGGAGCAAUGGUACAACUACGAUGGGAUAUCAAACCAAUGAUGGAACUGCAACUGCGUCUGAAGAUUCAAAGGAGAAUCUAAACCAAGUCAUAAACUCGAUUCAGAAGACUUUGGGGCUCCUUCAUCAGUUACACCUUACUGUCUCUUCUUUCACACCUGCUUCUCAGCUUCAUCUCCUCCAGCGCCUCAAUUCUCUCGUGUCGGAGCUGAAUAGCAUGACUAAGUUGUCCGAGAAAUGCAACAUUCAAGUCCCCAUGGAAGUUCUUAGCUUGAUUGAUGAUGGGAAGAACCCGGACGAGUUUACAAGGGAUGUUAUUAAUAGCUGCGUAGCCAGAAACCAAGUUACAAAGGGCAAGACUGAUGCUUUCAAGGAUUUGAGAAAACAUAUACUGGAGGAGCUUGAAGAGACUUUCCCUGAUGAAGUUGAUAAGUAUAGAGAGAUCCGUGCUGCUUCUGCCGCUGAAGCAAAACGGCAGGUACAAUCGCAAAGUGUGUUACCCAAUGGGGAUGCCAAGGUCAAGAGCGAGCUAUAAGAAAGAAGCCAUUGUUCUUCCGUUGAUCUUCUUACCUUGUAGAAUAAAGUUUCCGAUUAGAUCUUGUAAACGAACAAGAUCACUUCACCAAAA